AUGUGUAUUGUUUGUGUGUGGGCAGGAAACUCGGCGGUGCAAGCGAUAAGGCUCCUGAUAAGUAAAGGAGUACCUGAAUCCAACAUCAUAUUUCUCAAUCUCAUAUCUGCACCGCAAGGAGUAAAUGUGGUGUGCAAAAGGUUUCCGAGGAUAAAGAUUGUGACAUCUGAGAUAGAGAUGGGUUUAAACGACAAGUUCAGAGUUGUACCUGGCAUGGGCGAGUUUGGAGACCGCUAUUUUGGCACUGAUGACGAGUGA